GUUUACAUCUGCUCCUUGUACUGAACCACAGUGCGUGUGAGUAGAGAUAAUCUGAAUGGGAAGAUGGAGCGGACUCUCAUUCUUCUUCUCUUCUUCGCCGGUCAGACACAAGCGUUUUUCUCAGCAGCUGACAGUCACUGUGAUGCCACUCAGAGCUCAGCGCAGUGCUCUGUGACUCUCGGCGCCUCCGUCUACAUCCAGGUGCUGGCCACUGCCGAAGGUUAUCGGCUACGCUGCUUGAAGCAGCUUCCCGUCGGCCAUGUGAGCGUGUUUUCUGUGAGGCGGGAUAUUGUGACAGUUCAGGAGACUUUUAGAGACAGGACCCAUUUCUUCAUCAAAAACGGGACGCUAAAAAUCACCGGCGUGGAGAGAGCUGACGCCGGAGAGUUCAGCGUGGAGGUGUUCAGCACUGACGGGAUGCUGGUCCGAACCAUUCAUGUGAAGCUUGACGUGAAAGAAAAUGUGUUGCCGCUCGUGGCACUGGCCUGCAGCGCGCUGGUUCUUCUCCUGAUCCUGGUGGGCGCAUCAUGUUGCAUCUACAAAAAAGUAAAACACCACAAGAAGGCGGCAAAGCAACGGAAAUCGGAAAGCAAACUGUGGGCUUCCAUAUAGUCUAUGACCACCAGAGCCAUGACCAGCGCUCAGUCUCCUCUCCAUUCCGACAAUGACACUUUAAUCAUUUUGAAACCACAACCUUUUUUUUACUGUCAACAGCACUUGUGUCUGUCAGUGUUAUAUGCAGAGAAACACGCAUCAGAUGUCUGCAAUUCUCUGAUCAACCAACUUUUCACAUAAAAAUUUUAAUUGUUAUUAUGAAUUCAACAUCAACAUGUGAUGUUUAUACUGUGAAGCCAACAAUAAAGG